GUCCACAGAGUUCAAACCGUCAAAUGCCAUCUAUCUUUUGCAAUGAAUUAGCCAGCAAAAGGUUUUAGAUUACGCGCUUUUAGCCUUUCGCAGCACAGCGAAAAGUAAAAGAAGACAAGACUGCCUUGGUCUCUGUUUUUGGCAGCACAGCUCCGUGAGCCGUGACCCUUUCCAAUCUACUGCAAUUCCGAUCGAACGGACUCAAUCUCCACCGUCUACGACGUUGACCCAAGUCAGCAGAUCUCUCGUUUCAUCCUCUACAGUCUCGAUCCACUCUUGCACAACCCUGAACAAAGCAUAGGUAAUCAACAAAAACAAACCCCUUUUCCUCUUGCUUUUUGAAUCCUAUCAUCAAUGGCACCCAGCACAAUUCGCAAGGCAAUUGGGGCUGUCAAGGACCAAACCAGCAUCAGCCUAGCCAAAGUGGCCGGGAACAUAGCCCCGGACCUCGAAGUUCUGGUCGUUAAGGCCACGACCCACGAUGAAGACCCAGCUGACGACAAGUACAUAAGGGAGAUCAUCAACUUGACCUCCUACUCGCGUGGAUAUGUCACUGCGGCUGUGGCAACUAUAUCUAAGCGUUUGAGCAAAACCCAUGAUUGGAUUGUGGCUCUCAAGGCUCUUAUGCUUGUUCACAGAAUUUUGGUUGAGGGGCACCCUUCGUUUGAGGAGGAGAUUGUGUAUGCAACUCGUAGAGGCAUGCGGAUUUUGAACUUGUCUGGUUUUAGAGACGAAUCGCAUUCAAAUGCUUGGGAUCAUGCCGGGUUUCUAAGGUUUUAUGCGAUGUAUCUUGAUGAGAAGGUGGAGUUUGAGGUUUAUGAGAGGAAAUCGGGAGGCACAGAGGGCGGUAUAUUGGAUCAGGAGAGAGAUUAUCGAGAGGAAAGGAAAGAAUUUGAUUAUGGAAAUGAUGUGAGUGAUCAGUCAUUGGAGAGAGAGCAGAAAAGAGAGACCAAGUCUAGUACGCCAAUAAGGGAAAUGAGGCCUGAGAGAGUGCUGGGGAGGUUGAAUGACCUGUUGAGGGUUCUUGAUCGAAUUUUGGCUUGUAGGCCUGCAGGUGCGGCUAAGAGUAGUAGGUUGGUGAUUGUUGCGCUUUACCAGGUUUUGAAGGAGAGUUUUGGGUUAUAUGUUGCAAUAUGUGAGGCAUUGGGGGUGUUGUUGGAUAGGUUUACUGAGAUGGAGUAUGCGGAUUGUGUUAAGGCUUUUGAUGCUUAUGUUAAUGCGGCAAAGAUGAUUGAUGAGCUUGUGGGGUUUUAUGGUUGGUGUAAGGACACGGGGAUUGCCCGGUCGUCUGAGUACCCGGAGGUUCAGAGAAUAACUGAUAAGCUUUUGAGCUCACUUGAAGGGUUCUUGAAGGAGAAGACAAACAGGCCAAAGAGUCUGGAGGAGAAGGGUCAGGUUGAUUGUGAGCCAAAACAGGAUAUGAAUUAUGAGGUGAUGAAGGCUCUUCCUCCGCCGGAGAAUUACACUCCUCCUCCCCCGCCACCUGAAACCCAGGCUAAGGCUUCACAUCCUCAACCUGUGACAGAGGACUUGGUCAAUUUGAGGGAUGAUGGAAUUACUGCUGAUGAGCAAGGAAACAAAUUGGCUUUGGCUUUGUUCUCUGGACCUCCUACUACUACUAAUACAAAUGGAUCCUGGGAAGCAUUCCCAUCAGAUGGAGAGCCUCAAGUGACCUCAGCUUGGCAGACACCAGCUGCUGAGAGUGGUAAAGCAGACUGGGAAUUGGCAUUGGUUGAGACAGCUAGUAAUCUGUCAAAGCAGAAGGCUGAUUUGGCUGGUGGUUUUGAUCCAUUGUUAUUGAAUGGCAUGUAUGAUCAGGGAGCAGUGAGGCAACAUGUGAGCACCUCACAACUGAGUGGUGGGAGUGCAAGUAGUGUGGCAAUGCCCGGGGCAGGCAAGGGUGUUACGCCAUUGCUGGCUCUGCCUGCCCCAGACGGGACAGUGCAAGCAGUGGGGCAGCAAGAUCCGUUUGCCGCCUCCCUCGCAGUGCCGCCUCCUUCAUAUGUUCAGAUAGCAGAGAUGGAGAGGAAGCAAUAUUUGCUUUCACAGGAACAACUGCUUUGGCAGCAAUAUGGAAGAGAUGGGAUGCAAGGGCAAGUGGGUUUGGCCAAGAUUUCUUCUGGCGGCUCUGGUUAUUAUGGCCCACCUCAGCCAGGAGGGUACUACUAUGCGCCCUAUUGAAAUCGGAUAUGCCUUCUUGUCUUGACCAGUUUGUUCCUCCCAUAAUGCAAAUACCUUUCGACUAUUUGGAUAAAGCUUUUGAUGCUGCAGAUGCUUGUUAUGCUAC